AUGGAGCACGGUUCAGUUCUGCUGUUGUUGCUCCUCCUGGGGACGUGCUCGGCUUCUGCCCAUCAAAAUUUGGCCUUACGUGGCAAAGCAACUCAGUCACGCCGCGUCCAGGGAGCUCCUUACUAUGCUUAUGGGGCUGCUGACAACGCCAUUGAUGGAAACCGUGACGGUGAUUUCACGUCCGGUUCAUGCAGCCACACUGAUCAACAGACCAACCCCUGGUGGAGGGUGGACCUGAUGGACUCUUAUGUGAUCACCUCUGUCGUCGUCACCAACAGAGUAGACUGCUGUGUAGACAGGAUCAAUGGGGCAGAGAUUCACAUCGGCAACGUCAAGGACAAUGUUACUGCAAACCAAGUGGUUGGUGUAAUUCCUAGUAUCCCAGCAGGAGUGUCUUAUACAGUGAAUGUUACAGAAAACGUGGAGGGACGUUAUGUGACUGUGGUUUUACCUGGUCCAAAAAGGAUGCUCACACUCUGUGAAGUGGAAGUCUACGGGUACCGUGCCCCAACUGGAGAGAACCUGGCACUCCAAGGAACAGCCACACAGUCAUCACUGUUUACACAUCUUGGCAAUGCAUAUCAUGCUAUUGAUGGGAAUCGUGCCAGCAACUGGAACAGGGCCUCUUGCUCUAGCACUAUCGAUGAAUACCGUCCUUGGUGGCGUCUGGACCUGCACAAUACCUAUAAAGUGUUUACUGUUAAGAUAACCAACAGAGAUGCACACGCAUCACGACUCAAUGGAGCUGAGAUCCGCAUUGGAGAUUCUCUUGCAAGCAAUGGCAACAACAAUCCCAGGUGUGCUGUGAUCUCACGCAUCCCUGCAGGUUCUACCCAAUCGUUCCAGUGUAACGGGAUGGACGGUCGCUAUGUUAACAUAGUCAUUCCUCGAAGAAAGGAGCUCCUGUCCCUGUGUGAGGUGGAGGUGUAUGGCUCUCGACAGGAUUAGAUCUGACAAGGUUCAAAAUGUAUUACAAUGACAAUUUACAUAGCCCGUACUUAGCUGAUGCUUUUUUUUUUUUUUUUAUUCUGGUUAAAAUCAUAGUUUAAGUUUCACUUAUGACAUUGACAUCA